UUGACCGCGGGGUUCCCCAUAUUCCCCCAUACUGACGAGAGGCCCCUGCUGCACGGCUGAACUGAAAAGUCUGGGGAAGUGGCCACGAGUCUGUGUGCUUUAAAAGAGUCCUUAAGAUCAUCCUUCCCGGGAAGAACUGUGAACAUUCGCAACGACACUGUUCUAUUCCGUCCUCAAUUGCAAAGAUGUUCGCGAAAUUCGGAGCACGCGGGCUCCAGAUGGCCCAGACCGGUCUCAUCGUCGCACCAUCCUUCAUCCUCUUCGGCUACAAUCAGGCCGGUCUCGGUCCUUUAGCCGACUUGCAGAGCUGGGUCAGCAUGUUUCCCGACCUCGAUACUAUCAACACAUCCGGGGAGCUCGAAUCGCGAAAUUCUACCUACAAGGGCACCGUUAUCGCUUCGUUUCAAAUUGGUGCUCUUAUUGGAGCGCUGACGUGCACAUACCUCGGAGACAGAUUGGGCCGUCGCUGGUCCAUCUUUAUCGCGGCUAUCCUUAGCAUUAUUGGUCAAGUGUUGCAAACGGCAUCAUACAGCCUUGCCCAAUUUGUCGUUGGCCGCGUUAUCCUGGGAAUGAGCAUUGGGCAAUUCAACGUCACGGUACCGGUCUGGCAAUCCGAGUGUUCGCCUGCCAGCAAACGCGGUAAGCAUGUUGUGUUGGAUGGAUCGUUUAUCACUUUCGGCUAUACCCUAUGCAAUUGGAUCGACUUUGGUUUGAGCAAGGCCCAUGGAAAUAUUCAAUGGCGGGUUCCACUGGCUAUCUCCUUUCUCUGGUCACUGAUGAUUAUAUUUUUUGUCUUUGCUUUUCCGGAAUCCCCGCGGUGGCUCGUCGUCGUGAACAAGGUUGAGGAGGCAAAGACGAGCUUGGCACAAUACAGAGGGCUUCCUGUGGAAGACGAAGCGAUAACAACCGAGAUUGCAGGGAUUGAAGCGUCCCUCGAGCUGACAAGAGAAUCAACAUCGCUCCGGGAUAUCUUCUCCAGAAAGAGCGAAGGCCGCUUGUGGUACCGGUUCUGUCUGUGUAUUGCAGUGCAAUUCUUCCAACAGAUGUGCGGCGGCAACCUAAUCUCAGUUUACGCAUCAAGCCUCUUCGAAGGCCUAAACCUGGGCAAAGAUCUCGGCACGGUCCUCUCCGCAUGUGCUCUGACGUGGAAAUUCCUCUGCAGCUUCGUCGCUUUUUUCACCAUCGACUCGCUCGGACGACGGGCCGUGUUUAUCUGCAGCAGUAUAGCUCGAAAGCAAAUAUUGCCUCCGCUGUUUUUAUCUUCCUGUUCAACUCCUUUUAUCCGAUCGGUUUCUCAGGCGCCAACUUCCUCUAUUGCACUGAAGUAUCCCCGAUUCAGCUCCGUGCAGCCAUGUCAUCCAUUUCAACCGCGAAUCACUGGCUAUGGAACUUCAUCGUGGUGAUGAUAACGCCUGUGGCUCUUACGACGAUCAGAUACCAGUACUAUAUCAUGUACACCGUCAUCUCAGCAUGUAUUCCAAUAUCUGUUUAUUUCUUUUUUCCGGAAACAAUGAAUCGCAAUCUCGAAGCGUUGAAUCAUGUGUUCCAGGAUGCGCCGUCGGCGUGGCAGAUCGUAUCGAUGGCUAAGCAGUUACCAGAGGGUGAGAACGUCGAGAUGGCUAUUCUUGAGAGGGAUGUUAAGGAGGAAGGGAUGGUGGAGCAAAAGGAACAUGCUUGAAAUGCUAUAUCUCUUGUCUGGGUGAAGUGAGAAGAAGAGACCGGGAUUCAUUUCAUUUGUUGAUAGUUAGCUCGGACGGCUUUGUACGUAGCGGGAAAAUGGAACAUGUUAUCAGCCCUAUAUUCACUGAGGGGCAUCCUAAAGAGAGCC